UAGUCGUAUACUUGUAUGUACCAGGAAGGCGCCAUUAGAAAGAAGCGAAGGAACAAUAAUUCCACGCCCAGAGAGAGAGAGAGAGAGAGAGAGAGAGAAGCAAAGAGCAUGGCGUCUCUCCCCGCACAAUCCGUUCUCUCUCUCCAAAUCCUGGUUCUGUUCGUCGCAUCUGUUUGCGUCCAUGAUUGCAUUGGCGGAGUAAUCGAAUCGCGUAAACAGAGAGAGUUCGAUUACUUCGCCCUAGCUCUUCAAUGGCCGGGCACUUAUUGUCAGAGAACUCGCCAUUGCUGUUCCUCCAAUGCCUGUUGCCGAGGCUCAAAUGCUCCAACUGAGUUUACAAUCCAUGGAUUGUGGCCUGACUAUAACGAUGGAAGCUGGCCUUCAUGUUGCACACGAUCUAAUUUUGAUAUCAAGAAGAUCUCAACAUUGCUCGAUGACAUACAGAAGUAUUGGCCAUCUUUAAGUUGUAGUUCACCCUCAACUUGUCAUGGCGGAAAAGGAUUGUUUUGGGCUCAUGAGUGGGAAAAGCAUGGCACGUGCUCAUUUCCAGUUGUUCGUGAUGAAUACGAGUACUUUUUUGCAACACUUAACCUCUAUUUCAAGUACAAUGUCACGAAAGUACUGAGUGAAGUAGGAUAUGUGCCUUCAAACACUGAGAAGUAUCCUCUUGGAGGUGUUAUUUCUGCUAUUCAAAAUGCCUUCCAUGCUACACCUUUGCUGUCUUGCUCUAAUGGUGCAGUGGAGGAACUCCAAAUAUGCUUCUAUAAGGAUUUUAAGCCUCGGGAUUGUAUAAUUGGAUCUACCACUCGAACUGACGUGCUUUCUUCCGCCUCUUGUCCGAAGUAUGUUAGCUUGCCAGAAUAUGUAUCGCCGGGUCUUAAAAAUGGUGAUGCCGCAUUCCCAUGGUUACCUCAGCAUGAAGCUCUCUGAGACAGCGGCUGGUCUGUGCAGCAUUUCUUGACCAAAUGAUACCCAAGAAGGCAAUGCAAAUGAUGUAAAAAUGAACAAUGUGCAACUGAAAAGAUCUCGUAAAGGAAAAAAGUGAAAAGAGCCAUCUUUCGUGUUU